CUUACAUAUAUAUAACCAUUGAAAUACACACAUCUUAUUCAUUCACUUUUGAUAUUAAUCUCUUAUUCUAAGACUCACUCAUACUUCAAUUCAUAGUUCAUAUAUAUUCUUCAUCAAUUUUUUUUGUUGAAAUUGGUGUGAAUUUUUAUCUCUAUGGGAUUAUCACUUUCUAUUUUAACAUCAGCUUGGGAAGAAAUUGUGAGACAUUCACUUUUUAGUUUUUCAUUCACCUAUAGUUUUGGUUCCAAAGAUGGUGCUAUGAUUCUGAGAGCAAGGAGCUUUAACAAAAGAGAAUCAGAAGCUAAAACAAGAAACAUUUCAACUAGGUUAGAGGAUUAUAGACCAGAACAUGUGACCCUUGAAACAAAUGAUGAGGAAAAAUUGCACCAAAAAGCUGUUCCUUUGCUUUCUUUGCCUAAAGAAGUUGUUUUCUCUUCACCAAGACCAGUUUGUGAGCUUGAUGCUGCAGCAACUAAGGUUCAGAAAGUUUAUAAGAGUUAUAGAACUAGAAGGAAUCUUGCUGAUUGUGCUGUUAUUGUUGAGGAACUUUGGUGGAAAGCAUUGGAUUCUGUUGCACUUGAAAGAAGUUCUGUUUCAUUUUUUGAUGAACAAAAACAAGAAACUGCUAUGUCAAGAUGGGGAAGAGCAAGAACAAGAGCAGCUAAGGUUGGAAAAGGUUUGUCAAAAGAUGAUAAAGCACAAAAAUUAGCACUUCAACAUUGGCUUGAAGCUAUUGACCCACGUCAUAGAUAUGGACACAAUUUGCAUUUAUAUUAUGAUAUUUGGUUUGCAAGCCUAAGCACUCAACCAUUUUUCUAUUGGUUGGAUGUUGGAGAUGGUAAAGAAAUAAAUCUUGAGAAAUGUCCGAGGGCGACUUUACAACGUCAGUCAAUUAAAUAUCUUGGACCGAAAGAGAGGGAAGAAUAUGAAGUAAUUGUUGAAAAGGGGAAGUUGGUCUAUCGACAUGGUGGAAAAUUUGUGGAUACAGAUGAAAAGUCUAAAUGGAUAUUUGUUCUUAGCACCACUAGGGCUUUGUAUGUUGGAAGGAAACAAAAGGGUGCUUUUCAACACUCUAGCUUUUUGUCUGGGGCUGCAACCACAGCUGCUGGAAGACUAGUGGCACAACAAGGUGUCCUAGAGGCAAUUUGGCCUUAUAGUGGACAUUAUCACCCAACUGAAGAGAAUUUCAAAGAAUUUGUUAGCUUUCUUGAAGAGCACAAUGUAGACCUCUCCAAUGUCAAGAGAUGUGCUAUAGAUGAUGAUGCUCCUUCAUUUAUUGGAAAUAAUGAGCCACAACAAAUUUCGGGACCUACUCAAAUUUCUCAAUCAAUGCCUACCAAGAUUGUCACCAACAAAGGAAUCAAAAUCAAUAAAGCAACAGAGGCUAAAGACAAGAAAAUUGAGGGGCCAAUAUUUGACUCUUCCAAGAGAUUAUCAUGCAAGUGGUCGACAGGGGCUGGAGCUCGGAUUGGGUGUGUGCGUGACUAUCCUGAGCACCUUCAAUCAAGGGCAUUGGAGCAAGUUAAUUUGUCUCCUAGGCCUGCUUCUGCAAGACCAUAUAAGUAUGGCCCAAUACCUUCUCCAAGGCCAAGCCCAAAAGUUAGGAUCUCUCCUAGGCUUGCUUACAUGGGGUUGCCUAGCCCAAGAGCCUCAAUUCAAGUCGCAAAUUGAGGCAACAUUCAAGGAUUUAGAUCGAAUAUUGAAUAUCUUACUUCAUUCAUAAAAUACUUUUGACUCAGAGAUUAACGGUUGAAUUUAUCUGAAUGAAUUCAAUCGACGAUCUUUGACUACUAAAUGAGAAAAGGAUUCAUCAAAAAAUUGUCGCCUAAAGCGACAAUUGAAUUGAUGAAAAUAGAUAGACUAAUUUUUUAUUUUUUUUGGGAUUUGUUUAUUCCUUUAUUCUUUUACAAAUUUGGUUUUUUUUUUUAUAGCAUAUUUGGUUAUGUUUUGGUACACGCCUUUGACAAAAGAGCUACCAUUCUCUUGUAGUUUUUGUGGAAACUUUUUGAAAGGAAAUACAACAUGCUAUUAGACUUUCUACUAAGACAAACAUGCUAUUAGACUUUCUAUGUUUUUCUAUAAGUUGACUUAGUCAAUUAUUUAUUUGUUGUAAUUAGAGUACAAAAU